AUGAGCGUUCGCGAGGAUGAAGAUCGACAUAAGAACUGCCCAAGCCGUAAUCUUGGCCUUGGUGUGGCUGUAGCGGCUAUAGGAGUCGGGGUUGGGGCCGCUUUGUACUACUUCAUGAAUAAACGGCAAGAGAAUCCAAAUACCGCGGGAUCAACCACACGAGACUGGACUUGCGAGCCUGAUCAUACCUUCAGUAAUGAAUCACAGUUACGCAGGGACGAAGCUUUAGUGCUCCAUCUGCUUCGAAGUGAUCCUCCGCGACCAGGAGGUGAUGAGCCUCCCCUGCACCCACCACUUCCACACAAAGUGCAUCUUGCCCUGGCUUCAGGAGCAGCAAACGUGUCCCAACUGCCGGAAAUCAGUCGAUUAAUGAACUUCGCGUUAACUCACAGGAGGCUUAAGGGCUUGGCAGGACCAGUGUCCAUAUCAUCUUUUAUAGAAAAAUUUGAC